UAUUUGACUUCCUUGUAAUCAAAAUGGAAACACUUGUACCAAAGUAGCUCUAUAUAUCAUAUUAAUUAACCAGUGUUUCUUAAAAAAUUGUAUUUUUCAGCAACUCUAGAGUUUUCUUUAUUAGCGGACUGCUGAUGUGAAAGCUAACGUUAAUUAAAAAACUCGUAGUUUAGAUUGUCUGUGUAAAUUUUGGAGCAGAAGUCAGCAAAAUGCACCGGAGAGGUGUCGGUGCGGGAGCUAUUGCCAAAAAGAAGCUGGCAGAGGCCAAAUACAAGGAGAGAGGAAAUGUUCUCGCAGAGGACCAAAUCGUCCAAAUGUCCAAGCAGUUGGAGACAUUCAAGUCCAACCUGGAGGAAUUUGCCAGUAAACAUAAACAGGAAAUCAGAAAGAGCUCACAGUUCAGGGUUCAGUUUCAGGAAAUGUGUGCCACCAUUGGAGUUGACCCACUUGCCUCUGGCAAAGGUUUUUGGUCUGAGAUGCUUGGUGUAGGUGACUUCUAUUAUGAGCUCGGUGUGCAGAUUAUUGAAGUGUGUCUGGCCCUGAAACACAGAAAUGGAGGGCUCAUUACUCUGGAUGAACUCCAUCAGAGAGUACUGAAGGGACGAGGAAAAUAUGCUCAGGAUGUGAGCCAAGAUGACUUGGUGAGAGCUAUAAAGAAGCUGAAGGUGAUGGGCAACGGCUUUGGGAUGAUUCCUGUUGGUGGUUCUUACUUGGUGCAGUCGGUCCCAGCGGAGCUCAACAUGGAUCACACUGUCGUUCUACAGCUGGCUGAGAAAAAGGGCUACGUGACAGUGAGUGAGAUCAAGGACAGCCUGAAAUGGGAGAAGGAGCGGGCUUGUCAUGUCCUGGAUCACCUGCUGAAGGAGGGCCUGGCCUGGUUGGACUCUCAGGCAGCUGGAGAAUCACAGUACUGGCUGCCCGCGCUCUUCUCUGAGCUGACCUCCCGUGAUGUCACACCGGAGGAGGCCAAUCAGAUGACACCUUGAGAAAUGAUGACGGCUCAAAAGACUUGUUGGUAAACAGAAUGUGCCUGAGGGCUCAUGUGAUGGAGUUGGCUGGUUCGCUGAUGUUUGUGUGUGUCGGGGGGGGGGAACUCCCUCUGAGAUAUUUUGGACACACAGAGGGGAAACUUUCCUCAUCUGCUCGUCAGCAACAUCUAUGCAACGACAAGUUUGAUUUCCUCUACGCUGUUUGAUAUUCAGUGUGAGGUCUUCUGUCUUCUUGCUGGUGUUUGGUUUCUGGGUGGUGAUGGUUUAUUCUCAAUGUACAGAAAAUGUAAUUGUUGAAUUUUUCCAUGUAUAAACAAUAACUUUUGAACAACA